GAAAAACAAACAGAUUUUUGUUGUAGGAGUACUAUAAUAAAACAGUUUUUUGGCGGAUAAAGCGAAAGAAUUUUUCUUAGUGAACAAAAGAGAAUUUUCGGGAUGAGCACGAUAAAUAUACGGGGUGUUGCCGUGGAAUUCCCCUUCGAACCGUACGAGUUACAGAGAGAAUACAUGGACAAGGUGAUUGAAUGCCUGCAAAACGAAACAAAUGGCGUUAUGGAGUCGCCCACUGGGACCGGCAAGACCCUGUCGUUGCUGUGCUCGACUUUGGGCUGGUUGCAGGUGAAGAAAGCGCAAAUUCAGGCGCAGAGAAUAAACGGCAUUGUGGAAGAGGAGAAGCAGGGUUUUAUGGGGAAUCUGCUGAAAGAACUGACUGGAAAAGUGGAUAAAGGGACGGUAAAUAACGCAGAUAACAGCGGACGGGCCUUCAUGGGCUUACCGACCAUCAUAUAUGCCUCAAGAACACAUACUCAGUUAUCACAGGCAAUUAAUGAACUUAAGCGAAGUGCAUACAAGCACAUGAAGGCUUACCCAUAUGUGCCGUUUGAAAGUGAAAACGCGCAGUUGCCAUUUUCACAACCACUUGGAAUGUAUAAAAAAAGACCCUGCCAUCUCAGAGAGUCCGGUGAUGGACAUAGAAGACCUGGUAAAACUGGGCAAUCUACACAAAUUCUGUCUGUAUUACAUGGCUUGGGAAAUCCAAAAGUCCUUUUGGAUUGCCUUCUGAGGCAGAUAUCAUCUUCAUGCCCUACAACUAUCUGUUGGACCCCACGGUCAGAAAAAGCACUUGGACCCAUCAGCAAGGAGGCCUCCUUGGAACAUUUGCAGAACGAGGGCGAACGCGUUCUGUUGGACAAGCAAAAGAACGGAUUGCAACCACAUUUUCCUCAAUUUCAUGCCCACGGUUAUCAUGGAUCCCGCCAAAAUCGAGGAGGCACGUUACGGUCCAAGAUUGUGGAAACUAAGAGUUCUUCAGGCGGAAAUCAAGAUGAUAAUUCGACCAUCGCCGAACGCCGAGAUUUCCACCAUCAGGUUGUGCCUGGCCAACGAUACCGGACAUCAACAUGUAGUACAUGCCCGGCGCUUGAGGUUGUUCACUCCGGAAUACCCGGAGGGCAGGGACCGCCAACGACGUCACCUACUUCAUCGGUUUCUUUGGACCCAGGGAGGACAAAAUGUUCGGAUUGUCGUCGGAGAUGGAGCGCGACCUCAAAAUACAUUUCGGCCAAUUCCGGCGCUAGAAUCGACCUCGCCGAAGAGGUCAAAGUUGUCUUUAAGAUCCAGUCCAGAUUGAAUGCUGUAUGUACUGUAAUUUGGACAGGUCAUUCAGAUCAAAAGAUCAAAACUGGAUCAUGUUUGAAUGCAAAGGUCGCAGACGCCGGGUCUGGGUUCAACCAAGGGGAUGAUGCUUAA